AUGAGGCCGUGUGCCAACUGCGCCAGGUCCGGCGAGCAGUGCAGCGAGGCGGCGCCGUCCUACCACUACCAUCCCCGUCCAAGCUCACCAGCAAUCGGGCUCCUCGCGACCUUUGCCCGUUCAGACGAGGACAGCAACCUCUCACCACUCACCUUUCAGGAUGGCUCUGCCACAGCUACUACUCGCCGGCCCGUCAGCCAACAUGGAGCAGAGGGAAGCGUAGACAGGCCAACAGAGGAAACCCUCUUCAACGUCUAUCACGACAAAGUCCACUGCCGCUACCCCUUCCUCCGCCUCGAUGACUUCCGCGACCCCGUCAAGCGCCCCAGCGGCGUCUGGGCGUCCUACUUUGUGAACAUGAUCAUCUCCAUUGGCCUGCUUCUCGACAAGUCUCCCACUACCAGCGACGGGACCUCCGUUCGCCAUCACCACAGCCACCAGUCCUUCUACCGCACCGCCGUUACAAAGUACCUCUCCCAUGUCUUCGCGCAGCCGGACCGUCUCCUGCACAUCCAGGCGUACCUCCUCCUCGCCAUGCACGCAAUCUACUCCCCGUCCACGGAGCGCAUCAUCUCCAUCGCCUCGGCGACGAUGCGCUACUGCGUCAUGGCCCAGCUGCACCGCGCCGACGCCGAGCCGCCGCCGCUCUCCGUCGCCGCGAAAAUUGACACACAGAUGCGCCGCCGCGUCUUCUGGUCCGCCUACACCCUCGACCGCGCCGUCGGCACCAUGUUCGACCUCCCCUUCUCGGUCCCGGACUACCAGAUCACCGUCAAGAUGUACGCCAACGUCGACGACGCCGACCUCGCCGCGCGCUGCGCUGCGUCCUUCCCCGCGGACCCGGACACCGGCCGCCGGCUGACCGGCGUGUCUGCGGCGCUGCACGUCGUCUACUGCCGCCAGAUCCAGUCCGAGAUCCUCAACACGACGCUGCACCGCGACUUCGACACGCGCUUCGACCGCGCCUCCCACUGGCGCCUGCACGUGCUCGAGAAGCUCGACCGCUGGCGCGCGCUGUGCCACCGCUACUCCGACACGUCCUCGCCGCUGCGCAACUUCACCAGCUCGGAGUGGCUGCACAUGAUCUACAGUUAUAGUCUGGCGAUGCUGUACCAGCCCACCAAAGCAACGGCCGCCGGCCCCGCGGGCGACUGGACGGUGAAAUCGUGCGUGCAGGCGUGCCUCAUCUUCCGGCGGUUCCAGCGCGAGACGCCCAUCACGGAGCUGUGGCUCGGGCUCGUCGCGCAGUUCAAGUGCGGCGUCGCGCUGCUGUACUGCUUCUUCGCGACGCCGCCGCACCUGCGGACCGCGGCGUACGAGCUGCCUGAUGCGUCGGAGGCGGUGCGGGCGUGUAGCAUCGUGCUGUCCAUCCUGGCGGAGCGGUGGCCGCAGUCCAAGUGUCUCCGGGAUGCGUUCGAUACCCUUGCGAGGGAGGUUCCGCUGUUCGAGCCAAAGCUAGCAGAUGCCGCCGCCCCGCGGAAGAUGAGGCGGGAGUCGGCGGAUGCGCUGAUGGCGGCGAUGCCGCAGCUCGAGGUGAUUGUCGUGCACCGCAACACGCUGCGCAUGAUCCGGGAGAUGGCGCAGGAGGAGUUCCCGCGUCCGCCGCCGGAUGCUGCCGCGCAGCAGCAGAAGUCGCUGAGCGAGAUUGAUGUGCUUGCUGAGGCGACGGCUCACCUUGCUGAAGAGGACUCGCCGUCGUGGCGGACGAGUAUUACGGGUGACAUAUUCCAGCCCAUCACGCCGCACUUUUUCCAGGCGAAUGUGCCCCUUGAUGCGGACAGUUUUGAUUAUACCGCGCUGGGGUUCCCUGGGGAAUUUGACUUGCUAGAUAGAUGA